AGAAAUGAAUAGCCUGAGAGAACUAUAAAAGCGUAACACUGGUGUGUGCCUGAAGCAAACUAACAGGACUCAUACAGAUUUUUCAGCAGCGCCUUUCCGAAACCAAUACUGGGCAGACAACAGGUGUUAAAAUGAAGUUGACAUUAACAUUUCUCCUUGGUAGCUUCUUAACCGAGGCUACCUUUGGCUGGACAUAUCAUUACUCAAAAACGACCAUGAACUGGACAGUUGCAAGAGAGUGGUGCCAGGAGCGGCACACAGAUAUGGUGGUCAUCCAAAACCAGGAUGAGAACAACUACCUGGUCAAAAAGCUGCCAAUCAAAAAAAAGUACUAUUGGAUAGGAAUCACUAAACAACACAAGAAUGAAACCUGGACCUGGAUUGGGAAUAACAGCACAUGGAUAGGUAAUGAGUCAUGGGCACCAAAAGAACCCAAUAACAAUCACAGCACAGAGUUUUGUGUGGAGAUCUACGUGAACAACGACGCAAACAGAGGAAAGUGGAACGAUGAGAAAUGUGCUAAUAAAAAAUAUGCUGCUUGUUACAAAGCUCAAUGUAAUGAAACAUCAUGCGACAGAGGAAGAUGCCAGGAGACCAUUGAAAACAUAACCUGCCUCUGUGAACCUGGAUAUGAGGGGGACAGGUGCCAAACAGCUGUGGAAUGCCCUCUCUCUCAGCCUGAUAAUGGAUACCUGAGCUGCUCCAAAGGAAACAGGAAAUUCAACUCAACCUGUCGCUAUGAAUGCUACUCAGGCUUCCUGAUGAUAGGCUCGCCAGCUGUAACAUGUGGGCUCACAGGGGUUUGGAGCGGCCCAAGACCUACUUGUGCAAGCUACAAAAAGGCUCUGUUGGCUGUGACUGGGUGUGGAGCCCUCUCAGCCCUCUGCUGCAUCUGUAUGUGCUGGAUGAAGCACAGAAAGAGAAGGAGACUUGCCCAAGCAAGGCAGCCUGAGGAAUUUUCAAGUCUUACUAGUGAGGCACUGGGAUGAAGGAUGACUGCAAUGUAUUCAAUGUUUCAUUAAAAUAUAUGUACCAUGACCUAUUUGCAUGAACACUAUUAUAAUUUUUGUACUUUGUUUAUGAAUAAACCCACCCCUAUGUACUCUGAAUUCCUCUAUGCAAGGAAGGUAGGUUAGCUAAGCAUAUCUGCCCAAUUUAGGCAACUUUACAUUUAAGCUAUGUCUAUAGACCUGCAUGGCUAAAGAGCUUGCAGUGUGAAGUUACAUUAUUUAAUUGUGCAUGUAUUAACUCAGUAAAGUAAAUAAAUACGCAAAAAUAAUAGUGUCUCUAUGUGCGGGCUUUUCUGGAUCAGUGAGUAUGUUUCAAAACUGUUAUGUGUGAUAAAGUAGUGCCCUUCCUGAAGGGAAGUUACAGAAAAAGAGAUAUUACAAAAUUGGUUGUUGGCUCAUUGGCUGAAGGUCAGUUAAAGAAAAAAACAUUAGCACUGUAGAGUAAAUACAGCAGCAACAACAAGUGACUAAGGA